AUUUGGAGGAGGAGCACCCGACCAAAUGGUGCAGGGCGGCUACAAGUACCACCAAUACCAGGUGGUGGGACGCCACCUGCCCUCCGAGAAGGAUGCGGAGCCCACCAUCUACCGCAUGAAGCUGUGGGCGCAGGACCCCGUGCGCGCCAAGUCCAAGUUCUGGUACUUCCUGCGGAAGCUGCGCAAGGUGAAGAAGGCCAACGGCCAGAUCCUGGCGUGCAACGAGAUCUUUGAGCGCAACCCCACCACCGUGAAGAACUACGGCAUCUGGGUGCGCUACCAGUCUCGUACCGGCUUCCACAACGCGUACAAGGAGUACCGUGACACCACCCUGAACGGCGCUGUGGAGCAGAUGUACCAGGAGAUGGGCAGCCGCCACCGCGUGCGCUCGCCCUGCAUCCAGAUCAUCAAGACCGCCACCAUCACCGCGGCGCAGUGCAAGCGCGCGGCCACGCAGCAGCUGCACGACUCCAAGAUCUCCUUCCCGCUGACCCGCAAGGUGCUGCGCCCGAGCUCCCGCAAGUACCGCACCACCUUCAAGGCGGUGCGCCCCAACGUGGCCCUCUACUGAGGCGGCGGCACGGCCGUAGGGCCAUGAUGCCUUGGUGGCGGCGCGCGCGUUGGCGUGCCGGCGCGAGCUGCGCGGCAGAGGAUGGAGUGUAGGCGGCGCCGCGGCAGUCAACUGGGGGGGCGGCCAGGAGGUGUGCGGCCGCCCCCGUGGCCUGCAGCUGGGUUGGAUACAGCGCUUUAGGCUUGAUGUAAACACCCGCUAGC